AUGAUCUUUUGCUUAGACUGAAAAUAAAGACACAAAUUCAUUUGGGUCAUUUGUUAAUGGCAGACUAGAUGGAUCGGUCUCUAGAAAUCCUGUACCAAGAAACUACAGUGAAAAUUUGAGAGAAUCUUCGUCAAGGAGAAUUCUUACAUCCAAAUGAGGUCUUUGAAAACUGAAGAACCGAAAGCUAAAAGAAGUUAUAAAUCAGUUAACAUUAUUGAACUUUUACUUUAUUGAAAAAUUCGAUUGACUUAAAGGAUUUGAACAAUUGCAAAAGGAGAUCGUCAAGAACCAGAUUAAGAAUGAGGAAUUGAACUGGGAAAUUGAGAAAAUUGAGCUGAGAGAAAAGAGAGUAUAUAAAUCAAACUCACAAAGUGUCAAAGAAGUUGGAAUUCAACAUGAUGACUAUCUGGACGAAAAUUUCAAAAAGAAAAUCACAAAAAGCCACAUAAAAAUUCUUAAAAAGAUCGAAAACCUCCCUCACAUAAUCUCAGCCCACUUAAAAGACGAAAAACCUCCUCCCUCAAAAUCCCAAGUGAAACGCUACAGUUCAGAAUUCGGCUACGUUUCAAUAAUCGAAGAUUCUUCGAAAGCAUAUCCAGGUACCUUCCCUCUUAAAAAUAGACCUCCUUGAGCCAUCAUCCGUUGAACUACAUUCCCAAUCUUUCUCAGUUCCAACUGAAUAUCUUCAGUUUUCGAAACAAUCUGAAGAAUCUAAAGUCGGAGGAGCUCGGCCUAGAAAGAAGGGCUACAAAGAUUCAAAAUCUGAAAUGGAUCCAAAACAAUCUAUUUAUCUGAAACAACUGUAUAACAAACAUAAAGUUCCCUCAAAGCAGAUAAGGGACUUUAUAAACCCAAUUUUAAAAGAUUUCAAAACAGA